AUGCAGUGCUACUCCGAGCUCAUCCCUCCUUCUGGCGUCACUCAUGCCCUCUCACUCUCGUUCACUUCACCCAAUGCCGACAAUCUGAUCAUUGCGCGGACGUCCCUGCUCCAAGUUUUCCAAUGCAAGCCAGUCAGUGCCGGUCAAGAGACAAGACUGGUCUUGAUUGCUGAGUACAGCUUGGCGGGGACAGUCACCGCAUUAGGCAGACUCAAGAUUGCCGACUCGAAAAGUGGAGGGGAUGUCCUCCUCAUUGCACUUCGCGAUGCUAAGUUGAGCCUUGUCGAAUGGGAUGCCGAAUUGCAUAGCAUAUCUACUCUGUCAAUACAUUUCUACGAGCAUCAUGAUCUACAGUCUGCUCCGUGGGAACCUGAUCUCGCUGAUUGUGUCAGUCGUCUGACGAUCGACCCAUCGAGUAGAUGUGCCGCCUUCAACUUUGGUGUCAGUAAUCUUGCCAUUAUCCCUUUCCAUCAAGCCGGGGAUGAUCUGGCAAUCGACGACUUGGAUGACCUCGACGGAGAAGAUAAGGAAAAGUCUCUACAUCCAGAGCAAAUUGACGGGCACGCUCAUGGGCGUCAAACGCCUUACGGUCCAUCAUUUGUUCUGCCUCUGACUGUUCUUGAUCCUGGCUUAUUGCAUCCCGUCGACACUGCUUUCCUCUACGAGUAUCGCGACCCUACCAUCGGUAUACUGUACUCUACCGCUGCCCGCUCCUCAAAUAUGAGUCCAGAACGGCGAGAUGUCACGAUCUAUGCAGUCUAUGCCCUGGACCUCGAUCAAAAGGCGUCAACUACUUUGCAGUCAGUCCAGAAGCUUCCCAAUGACCUCUAUCGGAUCAUUGCUCUUCCAUUACCUGUUGGCGGCGCUUUAUUGGUCGGCGGCAACGAAUUGAUCCAUAUAGACCAAGGAGGCAAGUCUAGCGCCAUGGCUGUGAAUGAAUUUGCGAAAGAGGCAUCUGCUUUCCCCAUGGCUGAUCAUUCCGAGGCGCGCCUGAAACUGGAAGGCUGCCAGGUCGAGCACCUGGGAAACGCAAAUGGUGACAUGAUGAUCAUUUUGAAGUCCGGAGAGCUUGCUCACUUGACGUUUCGAAUGGAUGGCCGUUCGGUCUCGGGAAUGACCCUUCGCAGACUCGGAGAGGCACAAACACAGAGUCUGUUUAUGGGUGCAGCGUCUUGCACAGCGAAUCUCGGAACAAAUCGUCUCUUUAUUGGGAGCGAAGAAGCCGACUCAAUUUUACUGUCGACAGACAAGAAGGCCCCCCAAUUGAAGAGAAUCCGCUCCCGGGCACAGAUACAAGCCAAUGAAAUCGACACUCAAGAGGAAGAUGAUGAAGAAGACGGUGAAGAUGAUGAAGACGAUCUCUAUGCCGAAAUCAUCGGCGGACAUAAUGGCCAUUUGUCAAGUGAUCUGAGCGGCCACAACUUUCGGCCACUCGAUCGUCUUGCAUGUUUAGCACCAAUCAAUGACAUCGCCUUGGGGAAUCUAGGCAAACGAAAACGUGAUGAUGCCGAUGAAUUAGACCAGGCUGGUCCACGGGAGCGCGAACUUGUCUGUGCGUAUGGUCGAGGCAAAGCCGGUGGGAUUGCCUUUAUUCGUCGACAGCUGGAGCCAAAGGUAACACGACGAAUAAAGUACGAGGAUGCAAUUGGAGUUUGGUGUAUCAGUUCGAGUGGAAAGAGUCAGAAUGACACCGAGAAGCAUGCCGAAUCUCGAUUCGACAACCUCGUUUUGGUCUCGCAGGUGACCCCCGACGGCGCCGGGAGGUCUUCCUUAUUUUCACUGGUUGACGACAACCUGGUUCCAAUGACAGACUCGGAUUUCGAUGAGUCGGCCGGCUCUACCAUAUCUGUCUUCAGACUGGAUACGACGAACCACACGGUCCAAGUUCUCCCAACCGAAGUACGUGUAUAUGAUGUCAACUUCGGCCUCUCCCAAAUAUUCCCUGUUGUGGAUGAAGAAGAAGGCCAGACAGCCAGAGCGGUCAAGACAACUUUUGCUGAACCGUAUCUGAUCCUCAUCAGAGACGACGGAAACAUGACCCUACUCAAAGCCGAUAAAGCCGGUGAACUCGAUGAGGUUGAGCUUCCUGCAUCGCUCAAGGACAAGUCUGUCCUAUCAGCUUCGCUCUAUCAUGACACCAGCGACUUCUUCCAGACAUCAAGAUUUUAUGAGAGUGCCGGAGUAUCGCAAGGGCCGGUCCUAGCAAUGUUGACAUCUGAGGGGCACUUUUGCCUACUGUCAUUACCAAACAUCGCCUUGGAGGUGUUUCAAUGUGAUAGUCUCCCGUUCCUUCCCACAUAUCUAAUGCAAGGGCUUCAACUACCGAAACAUUGGAGAAACAAGGACGAUUUGGCCGAAGCACUGCUCGUCGAUCUAGGGGAUGCGACAGAUUCUCGUCCAUACUUGGUCGUGCACAACACGGCUGGAGACAUCAUUCUUUAUGAGCCCUUCGCAGAUCCUGAAGUGGUGGGAAGCUUCAAAUUCAAGAAAGUGUCCACCAAGCCAGCCGAAGCGCCCGAAGAUCAAAUCGAGGAGGAAGGUGAAGAAUCUUCACUGCGGCCGAUGCAAGUUAUCACGAAUCUCGCCGGCCGCGCUUCAGUGUUCAUCCCUGGACUUCAACCAAUGCUAAUACUACGCGAAGCUUCCACGAUGCCUCGCGUUUACGAGUUGGGGUUGCAAAAUAUUAAAUCGAUGAAUGCGAUCCACAUCGGAAGCUGCCGCCAUGGCUUCGUAUUCAUCGACGAAUCCGAUUACAUCUGUUUCUCUCAGCUUCCCCAGUCAUUAAUGCUGGGGCAGUCGGACUGGGUCAUCAAGCGCGUCCCUAUCGGAGAAGAUAUCCCCUCCCUGGCGUAUUUUUCGCCUACUGAUUCCUACGUCCUUGCGACAAAUCAGACGGUAGACUUCCAACUUCCCCAAGACGAUGAAUGGCAUCCUGAAUGGCAGAAUGAGGCCACCACCUUCUUACCCACCACGCUUCAGUCUACCCUUAGGCUGCUUAGCUCCAAAACACGUCGAAUCAUAAGCCACUAUCAUUUCGACUCUUCUGAAAGAAUCCUCUCCGUGAAAGCGCUCAAUCUCGAAAUUUCCGAGGAAACGCACGAACGCAAAGACCUCAUCGUCGUAGGCACAGCUCUGGUGAAGGGCGAAAAUGUCACCACACGAGGGAACUUAUAUAUCUUCGAUGUUGUGGACGUUGUUCCCGAACCAGACGUGCCUGAAACAGAUCUAAAACUCAAGCUCAUCACAAGAGAAGAUGUGCGUGGUGCCGUCUCUGCAAUCUCGGGUGUGGGAUCCCAAGGGUUCCUCCUGGCUGCGCAGGGUCAGAAAUGCAUGGUCAGAGGCUUGAAGGAGGAUAUGUCCAUUCUACCGGUCGCGUUCUUGGAUAUGCGAUACUAUGUGCACGUAGCUAAGGAACUUCCAGGUACAGGUCUAUGCAUUUUGGGAGACGCAUUUUCGGGAUUAUGGUUAGUAGGAUACUCAGAGGAACCCUACAAACUGCAGAUUCUGGGCCGCGACCUGGAAAACCCGGCAGUGCUUGCGGCUGAGUUCUUGCCAGACGGGAAACAAUUAUACAUUGUCUCCUCAGUCGAGGAUGGCAUGUUGAGGGUGUUGCAGUAUGACCCGGAAAAUCCAAAGACGGAGCGCGGAAUAAAGUUACUGUUGAGAAGCACGUUCCACACCGGAGCAGUUCCGACUGCCAUGGCAUUGAUACCGCCGUCAUUACGAAGAGCGUCUCACAGCACCAGAGACUCUGACGAGAUGGACCUCGAGGACGACAACAAUGUCCAGCCGCAACCUCAUCAGAUUCUCAUAACUACGCAAUCUGGCUCUCUGGCUCUCCUCACCCCUCUCCGCGAGAGCACCUACCGCCGCCUCUCAACGCUGCAGAACACUCUCGUUGCCACCCUUGACCAUCAACCCGCCAGCCUCAACCCGCGGGCAUAUCGCCAGGUGGAGACCGACGGCAUUGGAGGUCGCGGCGUGAUCGACGGCGACUUGGUGAGGAGAUGGUGGGAGACGAGCACACAGCAGCGCGUCAACAGUGCCGACAAGGCGGGCGGGUCUGUGUGGGAGGUCCGAGCUGAUUUGGCCAUGAUUACUGGUACUACGCUGGGGUUCUAA